UGGAUAUGUAUUACUUAUGCAAAUCGCACUAAUGUGUGGCAGCCUUGAUUCUUACAAACAGUCAUGUGACACUUGCACUUCACAAACCUCUAGAAACUCACAAAUGUCGCGUUAGUGUAAUCUGAUGCCUCCCUACCUAACUCUAUAGAAAGCUUCACUAUUGGAUGAUGGUUUUUACUGGUCCACAUGUAUUAAGACCUUUAGUUCCUCCUGCAGAUGAUGAUACCCUGCCAGCAUAUCGGGGUUCGUUAUUGCACAUUGGAAUGUUUGCCUCUAUGCCCAAAAAGGGGAUGAAUUGGAAUUUACAUUUGAAAAUUGAGAAUACGACUGCAACACUCUCACUCCAAAGCCAAGGAGAAAUGAGACAGACGAGGUGUUUUUAUAUUGGGCAUGGCGGUAUAUAAUGCACACUGCCCUCAUCGAACUAUUAAGAGCCCUCCUGUUGAGUCUUCACCCGUACAGGGAAAGAAUGCCGCACAAAGCAACGCAUCAUCGUAAACCACCAAAUCGCUCACGAUCUCGUCAUCGUCAUCGAUAUGGAAAUAGUCAUGAUGAUGCUUGCCACUGCAGUGAUAAAGGCAGGAACUCCGUCUCCGAGGUCGAUAUUCAGUCUUAUCACGACGCUGGCCAAGACCUAGCACCAAAACUAUUUCCUUGGUCGGAUCCGGUAGUAGACACCCACAGCAGUCGGUUCCAGUAUCAAGCUCGACUAACACCAGAUGGUAAUUACCAAUGGUCGAUAUCUGGAUCUGACUCUGGGACCAACCCUCACUAUCUAUUGUCUACACCAAGUUCCAAUAUGGUUUAUCCCACCGCCCCUUACGUAGUGCAGCGGCCUAUGCAGAACGAAGCACAGUAUUACGACUCAGUGAACAUAGGCACUGGGCCUGCUACCCCUCUCAACAAUGAAGGAGAGGGUGACUGCACAUCCCAGGACUGCUGUACAGAUAAGGUGCCUCGCGACGACAAAGGUAAAUCAAGACGAAACGAAACAUCAAAUAUCCACCAUAAUGAGAAGGGAGACGAAGAGAGACGUCGCGUUACCCGUAGCCGCAGCCGCCAGCGGGAUCGCUCGUCAUAUCGUCGUAACUAUCACCAUUACCGAAGCAAAAGCCAUGAAGAUAAAUACUACCAGCGACACCGGCAUGGUUCCCAGGAGAAGGUUAGCGACUGGCUUUAUGACUACGGUUACGGUUAUGUACAUUGAUAACUCUGCUGAAUCACCCAGGAGGUUGGAAGGGGCAGUUUACGGGGACGAUUAUCGCGGAGACAACACAACGUUCAGAAGGACUUGGCACUUAAACAGAAGAAUAUAAAU